CAAAACAUUAAAGAGCGUGUGGACCGCGUGGCAAGCAUAUAUGCACACACAUAUUACCAGCUGACUGCUGAUUUCAUUUGCAGUAUUUUAAUAGCCAACCUAGAAUGAUACAAUGCGCUGUUGGAAAGUCAUAAAAAUGUAUACGACACGGCGGCUGUGUGGUAGCAAGCAGUUACUAGUAGGCAAGCGAAGAGUUAACCAACGCUAGCUGUCCAGUCCUGUCAGUAAUCGCCACAUGAAAUGUUCUACCGCUGCAAUAGUAGUGGCAGCAAGGAGUUGCGAACAGUUUUAUUGCUACUGCUGUGUAUCAGCGGCACGCUCGCCACGCUCAGUCCGCCGCAGUCAAAGUGGGAGGAGAUAGGAGGAGGUGCGGAGAGGGUGUUAUCACGCAAGAGGCGAUAUGUAGCAUUUCCGGAGGGCUCUUCUUUGGCGGCCUCCAUUUGUAUGACCAUCGGUGUUAUUGGCAACCCCAACACAGACUUUCUGAGUUGGGCCGAAAAUUGGGGUGUGGCUUACGAUCUGCCCAAUUACGCUUGGGUGAAGGAACAUACGCGUGGCUUUAAGAAAGACAUGGAUGCCAAUAAAACAAAAGCGAUGGCCAUGCGUCGCUCGAGACGUGAUUUAUUUGGAAAGCUCGAAACAAUUAUUGAGAACAUGGGUUUCGCUGGACAUGAAUGCAUUGCGCGUGCGCUUUGCGAGUCGUCGAAAUAUUUAAACGUCGAUCGGCAGGAGCGCGGGAAUAUGCUAACGGAAAUUGUGAAGACCGUAUUCAGCUUCCCAACUGAUCCAGUGUAUGAUGACGAACCGGAUAUAUUGCAUCACUAUGAUCGUGUAUAUAAAAGAGCACGUCGCGAGGUACUCGAUUGUAGCGUGGAGCAUGCGCAAUGUCAUUUUUCUUUAUUGGAAAUGAUCUUUGGCAAAUACUCCAUAACAACAGCAAAACACAGUCCACAAUUGUUGUCGAGUUUGCAAAAAGGACGCGGCUUUAUGUAAAGUGAUUUGUUUCGUGGUAUUGUACAUUUACUUAGAUACAUAGUGGUUAGUUAAAUAGAUUUAAUAACUAUAAUAUAUAGUACAUUUAAUAACUAUAGACAUAGUAAGAAUACAUUAUAUGUCAUUAAUGUUUA